CGAUCUUUUAUAUUCUCUAAUGGUUUAUUAUUACAUUAAUGAACGCAAUACUUACCUAAAUACAAACUAUUAUAUUACGCGCUAAAAUCCUUGAGAUACACGAGGCGAACCCCGUAGCGCGUUGUUGUGAUCUAACAUGGCGGAGUGUAGUGUUGUGGCUGCUCAGUGUCUAUGUCAAUUUUUGGAGUGAUUUUGCUUAAUAAGAACGAAAGGAUUGCAAUGGUCGGCAAUCACGGUAUUGCAAGAAAUUGAGUCAAAUAGUCGUAUACUUAUGAGUAUUUGUAUUACAAGAGGAUUGAGUUUAAUUUGAGUUUCGUUUGUCGCGGGAACCGUACACAGCGGUGAGAGAGCACGCAGAGUGCCGUCUUCCCAGCAACAAAAUUUGCUCCUGACCUUCCACCACAACAAGUUGGCCUUUUGGAGUGAUCCGGCAUACAAUUAAGAUUUCUUUACUUUGCGUACACACGACACGUGAUAACGAAAACUUGCACGACGUAAAGUUUUCCCGCGCGUCCUGAGAGGUUUUCUUGGCGCAAGAAUCAGGCUUAUGCAACGACGAGCGCAUAAACAUCUAUUACGGUAAACAAUAUCAUUCCGUCAAACGAAUUCAAAGGCAUGUGACGGAUCGUUGCCGCUUGUAUUUUAUCGUAAAAAUUCUAGUGACGGAACUUGAUCUUGUGUAAAUUCAUUAAAGAAGGCAUUAUACAAUUAGUGGAAAAACUGAGAAAAUACAAUAGGCUGGUGAAGUCUAUAAGAUUAACACUAAUUGUUAUUAAACAUAUAUAAAGAUUCCUUAUGGCGUGUUUCUUAAUUAAAAGUUAUGUCAGUUACUUGUGCAAACAAUUAGAAAGUUAUAAUCAUAUGCACGUAUCAGAACUUUAAACGAAACAUACAUUGAAAGUUGUGUUUCUUUUAUAUGAUUAUUACCGAUAUAAAAGUCUUAAUGGGUUUCAAGGAAGUAAUUGACAAAUCAAUAUAUGGAGAUUUUGGUGCAUUUGUCAAUUUAUCAGAGAGUUGAGAAACAUUCAUAAAGAUAUUUAAAAAGCCAAAGAAGUGGUAAAGGUAUAAGGGAUGCAAGGUAGCUGGUGAUAUUAUAGAGCAGUGUGUAUAAGUUAAUUUUUACAAUAUGACGGAUACGCGCAGAAGAGUUAAGUUGUAUGCGCUCAAUGCUGAUAGACAAUGGGAUGAUCGUGGUACAGGCCAUGUUUCUUCUUCGUAUGUAGAUAGAUUAAAAGGAAUUUCACUUUUGGUCAGAGCAGAGAGCGAUGGUUCGGUUUUAUUGGAAAGCAGAAUACAACCUGACACUGCAUAUCAGAAGCAACAGGAUACAUUAAUAGUUUGGUCGGAAGGAGAUAAUUUUGAUUUAGCCUUAAGUUUCCAAGAAAAGGCUGGCUGUGAUGAAAUCUGGGAGAAGAUAUGUCAAGUUCAAGGAAAAGAUCCAUCUGUUGAAAUAACUCAAGAUAUCGUUGAAGAAUCAGAAGAUGAGCGAUUUGAUGAUAUGUCAGAUGCUGCACCACCCAUAGAAUUGCCUCCAUGUGAAUUAAGUCGAUUGGAAGAUAUCAAUGAACUUAUAGGGAAUUGCUUAUCUUCUCAAAUGAGGAAAGAUAAACUAGCAUUGGCUUUAGAAUCAGAAGGUUAUAUCAAGAAACUAUUGAAUCUAUUUCAUACAUGCGAAGAUUUAAAAGACAGUAAAGGAUUACAUCAACUUUACAAUAUAUUUAAAAAUAUUUUCCUACUUAAUAAGAACACAUUAUUUGAAGUUAUGUUUAGCGAUGAUACGAUUUUUGAUGUUGUUGGAUGUUUGGAAUACGAGCCAACGUUACGUGAGCCAAAGAGGCAUAGAGAAUAUCUUCGACAGUUAGCCAGAUUUAAGCAAGCAAUUCCUAUUACAAAUACUGAAUUACUAGCUAAAAUUCACCAAACGUAUCGGGUUCAAUACAUUCAGGAUGUAGUUUUACCGACUCCAAGCGUAUUUGAAGAUAACAUGUUGAAUACAUUGAGUAGCUUUAUAUUUUUUAACAAGGUUGAAAUAGUAACCCUAAUACAGGACGAUGAGAAAUUUCUCACUGAAUUAUUCCGCCAGUUAACAGAUGAAGCAACAUCAGACAGUAAAAGACGCGAUCUAGUUCUUUUCUUGAAGGAGUUUUGUAAUUUUUCUCAGAAUCUUCAACCGCAAGGAAAGGAGGCCUUUUAUAAAACUUUAACAGCACUUGGUAUUUUACCUGCUUUAGAAAUUACUUUGGCAAUGAACGAUGCCCAAACAAAAACAGCUAGUAUAGAUAUAUUAACGUAUAUAGUGGAAUAUUCUCCGAGUGUUGUUCGAGAUUAUACAUUGCAACAAAUAAAUAAUACAGAACAGGACCAAAUGUUGAUAAAUGUAAUAGUUGCUCAACUCGUUGGCGAUAGUGACCCUGAGUUGGGUGGAGCAGUACAACUGGCCGGUGUAUUACGCCUGCUUCUUGAUCCAGAAAACAUGUUGGCUUCCGUUAACAAAUCAGAAAAGACUGAUUUCUUAAACUACUUCUACAAGAAUAGUAUUGGAACACUGAUAGCACCUCUUUUAGCAAACACAAUUGGAGAACGACCAGCAAGGGAAGAUUACAGAACAGUACAGCUUUUAGGAUUGAUUCUAGAGUUAUUGUCGUUUUGUGUAGAGCAUCAUACGUACCACAUUAAAAAUUGCAUAUUGAAUAAAGAUCUGCUCAAACGGAUACUGGUUUUAAUGAAAUCGACACACACGUUUUUAGUAUUGUGUGCUUUAAGGUUUAUGAGAAAAAUUGUAGCAUUGAAAGAUGAGUUUUACAAUAGGUACAUCAUUAAAGGAAAUUUAUUUGCGCCCGUAUUUGAUGCAUUUGUAAGAAACAAUGGUAGAUAUAAUCUAUUGGAUUCUGCUAUUCUUGAGAUGUUUGAAUUUAUUAAACUGGAGGACAUUAAAUCGCUAUGUUCGCAUGUUGUUGAAAAUUUUUCAAAGGAACUAGAAACAAUCGAUUAUGUACAAACAUUUAAAGCUUUGAAAUUAAGGUACGAACAACAUCAAGACAAGCUGAAAGAUCGAGACAGGGCAGCUCUUGACAGUGUUCCAUCCAUACUGAGAAAUAGUCGAUACAGAAGGGACCAGAGACAAUUAGACGAAGAAGAGGAAAUGUGGUUCAAUGAAGAGGAAGACUUUGAUGAGGGUGAGGCGGUCGUACCCGCAGCAGCAGCAGAUCUUGUGCCUCCGGCUUCUGCUAAGAAACAGUCGUCAACUUCAAAUUCUGCACUUAAUCCUGCUCUUGCAGAUUCUAAAAGUCACCAUCAGCAGCAGCAGCAGCAGCAGUCCGUGUUGAACAAUAACACUGCUAACAAUAACAUUACCUCGCAGCAAUCACAAAUUAACAAUAGUACAACAACAACAAACGAAUCUCCAAUUAGUUCGGAAAUAAAUCCAAAUUCGCCUAUCGGGACGGUAGAAAAAACUGGGACUGCAUUAUUUAAAAAGGGGUUAGUCGAUUACGAGGGGGAUUCAGAUGAAGAAGACGAGGAUACGGAGGUGACACCCUCUCCAAAACGGCAAAGAUUGUCAUAGUAGGCAAAUUGGAGAAGAACGAGAAAUUUGUGUUUUUUAAUCGCUUCUACCGUUUCUGGCCCUCCUACGUGCACAAAGAACUCGAUCGGAAAGUCAUAUUAUCAACCCUUUUGUAGCUGAACAGAAGAACCAUUCUCUUUAAGUGAGCGGAUGCACGAGGAUGUGUGUUUAUCAUGUGGUGGAAAUUGACAUACCUCUUUGUGUUGGGUUGUACAUAAUAUACGAGAACAUCGAUACCGAAUGCAGGUGGGUGAAAGGGUCUUAGAAAUGGAAUGUAUGUAAUUAAGGGGAAUAAUAAUGAAUUAUGAACUAAUGCGAUACAAAGGAAGAGAGAACUUUCUUUAAUGAAACAUAUGAUGGUAAAAGUUGUGGCAUAACGUUGUAUGACCACGUGUGUAAGUGUUAAAAGUAACAAAGUUUUAACAAGAAAUAGUCCAUUCCACAUUGUCUGGAAACACCCCAAGUACUAGAAGAAAUUAUUUCACGAAUAGGCUAAGAAACUCUAGCCAGGCCUAGUGGUUCUUACGAGUACGAAGUUUCUAAGCACGUGCUUAGAUUCAUGUAAUAAUUAACAAUUUGUGACUGUACGUCAUAUAUUACAUCUGCUAAGAGGAAACUUACUAUGUAAAAAAAAAAAAAAAGAUAAUUACAUGUAAAAGUACAUGAUGUACCGCACAAAAAACAACUAAGUGUUUUGUUUUGCCAUCCAUCAAUUUUCUUGUUCAUGUGAUGGGCAAUUAAGACCCGUCCAUAAAAAGGGGGUCAGACAUCAUGAAACUUUAUCCAGUUUAACGAAAAAUAGUAUUUAGUUUGUAUAUAUAUGUAUAUUUGUAACGAUUGUAAAACAACCAAUUCAUGGGUGAAGCAGAGAAAUAUGCGAUUCCUUUAAAAAUUCAGUUCCCUUUUAAGGUUCUUUAAACGAGCUUUUCGGUUGUCAAUGUAAGUAGUAGAAAUUGUACAAUAAACAUAUUUCAAUUGUGUA